AUGACGGCUAGGGCUAGGGUUUUGGGCGAUUUUAGGGUUUUGGGUGAGGAUGAACAAGACACUACCAUGGAGGAUACCGGAGAGAAAGGAAGGCCACCGGGGGACCCUCCUGAUGCUCCAGGCUCUUGGGUGAGGAAGGUUGUAGGGAGUAACGUAGGGGGGAUGCCUGUGCCGGAGGAUGUGGUGGAUGAGAAGUUCGUGGAGUCGAGACUGAGAUUGGAAUUUCCGAAUGGAGAUGAUGGGGAGCCGGUGAUAACAAUAGGGGAAGAGGUGCUGACGGCGAUGAAUACACUGUGGAAGAGAUGUAUGAUCGUGAAGGUUUUGGGGAGGAAUGUUCCUUUGAUGAGCCUGACUCAUAAGUUGAAGGAACUGUGGAAACCUAAUGGGUCGAUGUUCGUCAUGGACCUACCAAGGAACUUUUUCAUGGUGCGCUUUGAAUCAGAUGAGGAAUACAUGAACGCUUUAUCGGGGGGGCCAUGGAGAGCGUUUGGUAGUUGCCUUAUGGUACAAGCAUGGACUCCAGAUUUUGAUCCACUAAGAGAUGAGAUAGUUACGACACCGGUGUGGGUUCGGUUGUCGCAUAUACCAGUUAACUUCUACCACAAGGCGAUUUUGAUGGGGAUUGCAAAAGGUCUAGGGCGACCGAUAAAAGUUGACUUGACAACUUUGAAGUUUGAGAGAGCUAGAUUUGCGAGAAUAUAUGUGGAAGUGAAUCUGAAUAAGCCGUUAAAAGGGACAGUGAUGAUCAAUGGUGAGAGGUAUUGGGUCUCGUAUGAAGGCAUCUCGACCAUCUGUUCGACAUGCGGCAUGUAUGGACACUUAGCGCACGCAUGCCCAAAAAAGACUGCAGCGAGAGUCUUGGCCACUGUGUCUAACCCAGACACUUCACUGCCUGAAACUACGGAAGAUAUGAGGAUGGAAACUGAAUUCACUAAAGUGAGAUCAUCAAGAAAAAAGACAGAGCAACAAAUUGCAGUAGGAAGUUCUGUGCAGAGAAUUGGGGAACGAGAUGUGAUGGGAAGUAAGAUAAUGGUGGGGAGUAGACCAAGGGAAGUAAGAAACGAGAAUGUGGUUGAGAAAGUAACAGUGUUGAAUAGAUUUGGAGGCCUAAGUGAAGAGGGUGUGACGGAGAAUCCAACUGAUGAUGUUGAAAGGGAUGAUGAGAAUAAAGAAAAUGAGAAUUCUGCUAACCUAAGCUCAGCAAUAUCGAGUGGAGUACUUGGGAAGAAUUUGUCGUUUGCAGCAAAAGGAGUAAGCGGGAAUCAGACGUUACCUAGAUGUGGAGUUAAAGAUAAGGCAUCUGGCAAGAUACGUGGCCCAAGUCUACUUAAGCCAAAAUCAAGGAAUGUUGGGCCUACUCGUGGCCUGGUUUUUGGCCCAACUAGAGGCGAGACUGGUUUAUCGGUGAGUGGAAAGCGAUUGAGGGUUGAAAACGUGAGUGUUGGUCGGCCUGGAGGUGUCUUCGCUGGAGUUGGAGAACUCACUAGAGAUGAGAAAGAUACGGAGCGAGGCGGUGGGCAGAGGAAGCUACAGGCUCAAUCUGCGACAACGGAGAUACCGUCACUCAAUGAUAUGGACUCCCAGGGGGAGCAGGAGAGAGAAGUGUUGGAGGAAGUGGAGGCAUAA